AUGGGAAAAUUUGAGGAGGAGGUUAGGCAGAUGAAAGAGGUAGCUCAUGAAGCUCAGGCAAUGGAUUUAGUAUACAAUUUCAAGAAAAGGGUUCAUGAACUAGAAGCUGAAGUAGCAAAUAGACGAUUAUCGGAGUCUAGAAUAUUCGAUUCAUUGGCCUCACAGACAAGGGAAUUUGAGCAAACUAAGAUUGAACUUGAAGAAUCCAAAGUUGAGAUAUCUUUACUUCAUGAAGAGAUUGAAUCACUAGUGUCUUCAUCCGAGCAAAAUAACUGGCGUUGUGAUGGUUCUUGUAGCGGAAAGAUUGCUUUAGAGAAGGAACUCGGAUGCCUCAGGUUUGAACUUGGAUUAGCGAAGGCGAAUUUGGCUAUGAUCCAAGAAAGAGAGAGGUUUGCUUCAUCAAAAGCUAAUGCAUUGAGUGAUGAGAUGCAUUUGGUUAGAAAUGAACUUAAAUUUGCAACUUGUGCAGAAGAAAAAAGCCAAAAGGCCUUGGAUGAUUUAGCGUUAGCGUUGAAAGAAAUUGCUGCUGAAGCUUAUGAGGCCAAGGAGAAACUUAGUGCUUCUCAAUUAGAACUCGAACAAGUAAAAGAUGAGGCAGGACAAUUGAAACAUAUGGUUAGAAACGCCGAGGCUAGGUAUCAAAAACUUUUGAAUGAGGCGAAAAAGGAAACUGAACUACAUAGAGAAACAUCAGACAGAUUAAGGCUGGAGUUUGAUGAGUCACGUUUGGCUGAAAAUGAGACGAGGUACAUAACUUGUAUAAAGAAAGCUGAAGAAGAAAACAAGCUAGCUCAGGAUGAGGCUGCUACACUCGCGGAGUCUCUUAAAGCAGCUGAGCGUAUUACUAGAGCAGCAAAGAGAGAAGUUUACAAAUUGAAGGGCAUAUUGAAACAGGCUAUAAAUGAAGCUGACGCUGCAAAUACUGCUGCUGGCCUAGCUAGAGAUGAAAACAUUCAACUCAAGGAUUCUAAAGCUGAAAAGGAGGAAUCAAUUCGUCUUCUCACUCAAGAGAACGAACGACUUGGGACUAAUGAAGUUGCAGCUCAAGAAAACGUCAAGAAGUUAAAAAGGUUGCUCUCUUCGUCAGCACUCAAAACCAAGGAUAAGGAGCAAGAAGAGGAACAUAAUGUGGAUCCCCAUAUCAAGAAAACUUCCAGCAGUGUAAAUUUGCAACAAGAACAAGGAAAUUUAGAAGCCAAAAUCCAAGAUGAGAAUCUCAAAAAGGCCAAGGCACUUAAGGACACAAUAUUUGAGAUAAAUGAAUCACCAAAAUCAGAGCUCCAUAUACCAAAACAAGUAUCUCAUCAUCGGAGAGCAUCCUCGUUUGCCUUCUCAGAUGAUAGAGGAACACUAAAAACAAAAGACUUAAGCAUGUCUUUGAGCAAAUCUUCGUCAUCACUCAACACCAAGGAUAAGGAACAAGAAGAGGAACAAUAUGAGGAACUCCAAGUUCCGAAAAAGCUCAAGUUGCAACAAGAACAAGAAGAUUUGAAAGAGAAAAUCCAAGAUAAGGAUCCUGAAAAGGCUGAGACACUUGAGAGGUCAAUAAUUGAAUCACCAAAACCUGAGGCAGAUCCCCAUACACCAAAAAAGGUUCCUCUUCAUCGGAUAUCAUCCUCGUCUUCCUCCUCAGAUGAUGGAGGAUCACUAAAAACAGAAGACUCUGUUAGUGAUAGAAGUCUUAUCAGGAGGAAAAGAACGUUGUUUCGAAAAGUUGGUGAUCUCAUAAGGAGGAAAAGUUUUCAUAAAACCAUCCACUGA